AUGUCAAUCAGCGGGCCCUGUGUUUGGUUGUCCUCAUUAUCACCACCUUCUACUUCACAUCUUCCCGGCAUCACCAACCAUUGGUCGACAGCUCCUUGGAAUAGCAGCGAGCAAGUCGCACUCAAGCCGAGGGUUAUCCCGUCUAAAUUGCCCGGGCCGUGGGAGAGAGAAGGCGAGCCCACAAAGACGCCUUCGGCCGACAUGCAGCCCGCUGUGAUUAAGGCUGAGAAUGCCUUUCCAGCGAUUGCUGCCGCCGGCUCAUCUAGCCCAGUCAGGCUCAUUGGGGCCACAAAUCCCCAUAAUAACUUAGUGAACCACAACACAGAGACGGAGACGGAGUCAUUGGUUCAGAUGGGACAGGAAAAAAUCAACCAAAGCGAACCUCAUCAUCCACAUGCUGAAGGAGCCGACGUUUCGCAGAAUGCGAAAGAGACAACACCUGAGUUCAAACUUGAAGAAGCGCAUGACAAGGAGAAAGGAGAUGGAGAUGCCGCAAUGGUUUCAUCAGAUGAAGGAGCUGCGUCGUCCGAAAAUGGCGACAAGAAACAGUCACCCGAUAAACACGACAAGAAGAAGAUGAAGAGAUUCCGACUGACUCAUAAUCAAACCCGCUUCUUGAUGAGUGAAUUCACCCGUCAGGCACACCCUGAUGCUGCUCACCGAGAACGGCUGUCCAAAGAGAUUCCUGGCUUGACGCCACGGCAAGUUCAAGUUUGGUUCCAGAACAGACGGGCGAAGCUUAAGCGACUCACAAGCAACGACCGGGAGCGAAUUCUGAAAUCCAGAGCAUUGCCAGAUGACUUCGAUACAACCCAAGUGUUACGGACGCCAUUUGAUCACAGAACAACCUCAGAGGCACCUAUGCUACUUACCGAUGGGAUUCCUCGGAAUGAUGACGAUUAUGUGAUCUCGCCGCUCAGCUCAGCCUCGACGACAAAUGGAUUCCCUUCAGCUGGACCGGAUCGACACUUCAAUGAUUAUACACAUACAGCCGCCAUGGCGAAUCGGGGCGCUCAUACACCUCUUACCGACAUGAACCGACAUAACCGCGGCGCGAUCCCGUUCCCAAGAUCCAGCAGCUUUUCUGAGGCUUCGUUUCACAAUGGACUUCACUACCCUGGGCGAUAUUCAAGGCCUGGGCUCGAGCCGUUGGUUCAUCCGAGUAUGGCAUACAGUCGUCGCCCCGUGGAAUAUGGUCUCAAUAGGUCUGCGAAUGGUAUGGUUGUAGGGUAUGAUCAACAGCGUGCCAUCGAGGGCUCUGUAUCCCCGACUGGACAGCCGGACCAACAAUCACACUAUAACGUCGAUGGGCAUAACCAGCAGGCGCACACCUACCAGUCACCAUUAGCCAUGCCAGCACCCAAGGCCUUUGGCGGCAUUGACAUGAAUGCACAUAUGCAACAACAUGGGCGGCAGAUACCCGCCAUGCAAUCCAUCCCGGUCUCGGAGGCGCCUGACUACCGCCCCUAUUCAUAUGACCACCACCCAUACCACAUGAAUACCGCCAUGCCAUAUAGCCAAGCCAACGCCUCCAGCAUGAGCCUUCCUGCCUCCUUUCCGUCGGAACCCAGUAGUGUUUCCCAAGGACCGGUGGUCAGCACUGCAGAAGACCGAAUCAACAAUCCGCCGCAAUUGAUCGAUCCUUUGAGGGCCAAAUUUGGCAACCAGACCUUCGAAUAUGCCAACUACCUCUGA